AUGUUAUCACUCCGAAUCGCUCGUCCAGCCAGUGCUAUCUUCCGAAAUGCCUUGACUCCAAAAUCAAUUAGGCUCUCAAGUGUACGAUUCCUUUCUACUCGAUACACCACCGACCACGAAUGGGUAUCAUUCGACUCCAACACCAACAUCGGUACCGUUGGAAUCACAGAUUACGCUCAAAAAGCUUUGGGUGAUGUUGUCUUUGUUGAAUUACCUGGACAAGGCGCAGAAGUCGCUCAAGGUGACUCAAUCGGUGCCGUGGAAUCAGUCAAAGCAGCUUCAGAUAUCUACGCUCCUGUAUCAGGUAUUAUCGAAGAGAUCAACGAGACUCUUGCUGAUCAACCUGGAUUACUAAACAAAGCUCCUCAAGGUGAUGGAUGGCUCUGUAAACUCAAACUUUCCGACCCAUCAGAAUUCGAAGCUUUAUUGAACGCAGAGGCCUAUAAAGCUCAUUGUGAGGGUAACUAA